GAGCUCUGCCGGGAAACAAAGCCCUCUUUGUCACUUCUUCCCCUUCUUCAGCUUUUUCACGUGAGCGAGGUUAAUAAACGACCACUGAUCAUGUCUGAUGACACACUUCGGGCGCAGAGUUGUGCUUUGUAACUUUUUCCUGCUGGUUAGACCUUUGUUAGAGCCCAGUCUGGAGCGCAGGAGAGAGAAGGAGGGAUUUCCCUGUUCCAAAAACUUUUUCAUCCAGUUUCCAUUAAGGAGGGGGAGGGAGGAUGGACAUUCCUCUCAUACUGAGGCCAGGCGGUGUGGGGGGGAGGGGGUGCUUCCUGCCACUUCUCAUGUACCGCUUCUUUCUUUACUCCCAACAUGGAAAAAGAUUCCUUGGCCUCUAACAAACUCUUUUCCCCGGUGAAAGAAUAAAAAGCCCUCGGUGACGUCCAAGAUGGAGCGGCUGCAGCAGCGCGUUUCGUAACUUCAGGAGAGUUGGUGCCGAGGAGACGACAGAGCAGCAGGGAGCGAACAAAAGGAUGUUUCACUGAACUCACGGGCUCGGAAAGUAAACCAGGUUCUUCAGGAAGGCCCUCUGACAGAGCCAGGCUUGGGAGAAGCAGCCGUCUACAGGGCCACGUGGGAGAUGUUUCGGAAAAAAGCAUCUUCCUCCUUGAGAAUGAGAAGGAUAACAGAAACUAGAUGGAAUAUCGACCGUGGGCGAAGCUUAUCCUUCCACGAGGUUUGUGGCCAGCGCGAGGUGGAGAUGAGGGCCGCAGCCGAGGAGUCCUCAAACAGCAGCAGUAGUGUAGGAGGCGGCGGCAGCACAGUCCUGCAGCGUCUCUUACAGGAACAAAUGAACCGGAAUUAUGUGCUCCAGCAACAACAAGGUGGAGGAGGAAGUGGUGGAACAGGAGGGGGAGGAGGAUACUCGGUGCAGGGACAGGUUGGGCCAUCUGAUGAUCAUUCCAUGAGCCCCCACAUUGCCCGGCAGGAGCCACAGGGACAGGAGUUGCAGACAGACAGCGGCCUGGAGAAGCUGGGCUCCUCCAGAACCGGAGGAGGAGGUGGGAGUAGUGGAGGGGGAGGGGGAGGAGGUAGUAGCGGAGGAGGGAGCAGCCAAGGACAGUGUCCAAACUCUGAAGACCUCCCUACAUAUGAAGAGGCCAAAGUGCAGUCGCAAUAUUUUCGGGGCCACGGCCCCCCUCCUCAACCUCAACAGCAGAAUAACCAGGCCCAGCAGCCUCCUCUACAAGCGUCUGUGGGCGCCGCCUUCUAUGUCACAGGGGUGAACAGCGCCAAGGUGCGCACUGAGGGGCGCCCCACGGUGCAGCGAGUUAGCGGCAUGGGGAAGGUCCACCAGGACGAUGGGCUGAAGGACCUGAAGCAAGGACACGUUCGGUCGCUUAGUGAGCGACUUAUGCAGCUCUCAUUGGCCACCAGUGGCGUGAAAGCUCACGCUCCUGUCACUAGCGCCCCACUUUCUCCCCAGCUGCCCCCUCCAGGGCCAGCUGGUGACUUAUACAAGACGCAGCAUCGUGGCCCACCUCCUGACUACCCAUUCAAAGGUAUGGGUUCUCCUACCAAGCAGCAGGAGUCGGGAGGCCAUUUUUACCAGGAGCAAAGAGGAAGGGAACACUCGAGAGAAGUGCCUCAUGUCCGAUACCAACCCCCACCAGAGUACGGCUCGUUCAGGUCCAGUAAGGAAGGCUUAGUUCACACCCAGCGACCCCUUCAACAGCACAGUCCCACCUCCUCUGUCACCUCAGUGGGCUCUUUAUCGCGCACUCAGUCCUCAAUCCUUAGCAACAUCCUUAGUGCCUCCCACUCCUCUCAUCCUUCCUUCCCUCAUCAGCAACCCCAGAACCAGGGAGAGCCCUUACUCACGGCGGUCCCUCGUAGUCCACAUAGUACCGGCUCCCACCAGUUGGCAGAGUCUUUUACCUCAGGGUCGCUUCACCCACCACAGAGGAGUCAUGGUUUUUGUCCAGAUCCCUAUGGCUCCACACCAAGGAUGCACCAUCAUCAUCAUCAUCAGCAGCAGCAGCAGCAGCCUCCCCAUCUGUAUCAUCAUCAUCAGCAGCAGCAGCAGCAUCAUCAUCAGCAGCAGCAGCAGCCGCCAUUCCAAGGACCUUCCCAACCGCAGCUGUCGGUCCAUUCUGGACCUUUCCCCCUUUCACAGUCCUACACUCACCUGCAGGGGGAGCCCUUUGCAAUGAUGGCCCGUGCCCAGCAGAUGGUAGAUACACUGACAGACGAAAACAGGAUGUUGAGGCAGGAAAUGGAGUCCUGUCGCGAGAAAGUCACUAAAUUACACAAGCUGGAAAUGGAGAUCCAGCUGGUCUCAGAGGCCUAUGAAAACCUGGCAAAGUCUUCCUCCAAGAGGGAGGCCCUGGAGAAAACUAUGAGGAACAAGUUGGAGCUGGAGGUGCGCCGGCUGCAUGACUUCAACAGAGACCUCAGAGAGCGCAUGGAAACCGCUAAUAAGCAGCUCGCUGCUAAGGAGUGUGACGGCUCGGAGGACAACCGCAAAACCAUCUCCCAGCUCCUGACACAGAACAAAGAGACGCUGCGUGAGAAGGAGAAGCUGGAGAUGGAGCUGAACGCACUGCGCUCGACCACGGAGGACCAGAGAAGGCACAUCGAGAUCAGAGACCAGGCGCUGAACAACGCCCAGGCCAAAGUCGUCAAGUUGGAGGAGGAGCUGAAGAAAAAGCAGGUUUACGUGGAGAAGGUGGAGAGGAUGCAGCAGGCUCUGGCUCAGCUCCAGGCAGCCUGUGAGAAGCGAGAACAGCUUGAACACCGACUUCGUACAAGACUGGAGAGAGAGCUGGAGUCACUCCGUAUGCAACAGCGUCAAGGUGGUGCUCAAACCAGCGGUGUGAUCUCGUCAGAAUACAACACCACAGCUCUGAUGGAACACCUGAGGGAGAAGGAGGAACGGAUCCUGGCUCUGGAGGCUGACAUGACCAAGUGGGAGCAGAAGUAUUUAGAGGAAAGUGUAAUGAGGCAGUUCGCCCUGGAUGCUGCAGCGUCUGUUGCUACUCAGAGGGAUACGUCUGCUACGAUGAUCAGCCACUCUCCUAGCAGCAGCUACGACACAUCAGUGGAGGCUCGAAUCCAGAAGGAAGAGGAGGAGAUUCUGAUGGCCAAUCGGCGCUGUCUGGACAUGGAAAGCAGGAUAAAGAAUCUGCACGCCCAGAUCAUUGAGAAGGACGCCAUGAUUAAGGUGCUUCACCAGCGCUCUAGGAAGGAGCCUGUUAAGUCUGAUGCACCAUCUGCCAUGAGGCCCUCCAAGUCCUUGAUGUCCAUCUCCAACACGGGUGGUUCUGGAUUGCUCUCUCACAACUUGGGACUGAGUAGCUCUCCAAUCACUGAAGAACGUAAGGACACGAGUUGGAAGGGCAGUCUGGGGGUUCUGCUCGGUCCCGAGUUUCGCAUGGAGUCUCUCAGGACUGAGUCGAUGUCGUCGUCUCCCUCCCCGGUCCUUCCUUCUACACCGAUGACUGCAGGACACUCAAAGACAGGCAGCAGAGACAGUUACACGCAGACCGACAAGGGCCACAGUCAGGACACCAGCAAGCCCAGCACUCCGGCUCUGCAGAGCAUGACGCUGCCAGCUCGCCUGUCCAGUCCCAGUCCCGUCUACAUCCCUGACCGCAUAGCAGAUGCUCAGGCGUUUCACACCAGCACGCUGGAGCGCAGACUUCCCAUCCAGGCCCACCCACAGCAUCAGUCAGCUCCUCCAGCACAGUCGAGCCAACAAGAAGCAGACACAGAUAUGGUGGAGAUCCUCAUCUGACCACUUCAUCUCCUGAGAAACGUACAGCUGUGUGGGAGCUCCGUCAGCGCAGACGACCUGCAGCUCUCGUUUUCAUACCUUUGUGUUUACAGGCAUGUUCAUUCAGACACUUUUACAUCAGCUCCAGUCCUUCGCUGAAUCAGUGUUCAUCGAUAUCUUUAAAGGAAAUCAGCCCGUUGCAGCACCCCCAAGCGCUUUUUCUUGAAUGUGAGUUUAAAUUAAGUGGUGACUGGAAUUUAAGAAUGUCAGUGAUCAUGUGAUUCCUUUUGUCCGUGCCAUUCGUGCUCCUGUGUUCACAGUGAUGGCGUUGCAUGGAAGUUAAAUAGCUUUAUGGACUAAGUAAGCAUAAAUCCUUGUCAUGUUGUGUCCAUGCACGUGAAUGACACAUGUUGUUCCUGACUGUACAUAACUGUGUUUAUAGCUGCACCUCUAAGGUAAAUAUUUCACUUGUUGUCACUCUGCCCUGGGGGUUCAGUGUUACUGUUAAUAGGUCAAUACGUCACUGUGUAUGGCACCAGUAGUAUUUCAGCACAUUGCCAAGCUUAACGUGUAACUUUUUUCCCUCUUGCAGCCACUAAUGCACCAUCUAUAUAACAUUUAUGUGUGUAAUAGUGAGUUUUCUUCUUUAAACUACCGACAUGAGCAGGUCAGCAAACACCCUUCACUCUGAAACUGGCCCACACGGUGCCCCUGUGCUUCAUCCAAACAGGCGAACCCUGGAUUGCGUCCAUGCCGUGCACAUCACUGUUUCGAGUCAGGGUUUCACACGCACACCUGUCUGCCUUUGACCUCAGCAGUAAGGGUGGGACAGCUUAGUUAAGCUUUCACGACCUCCC